AUGCCGACUCCGAGUAACAACGCAUCGAUCGCCGAGGUGAUCUCCACCCGUACUUGUCCACCAGAGCCAGAUCGAAUUUCAGCCUGGCGUGACUCGCCCGAGCCUACUGAUUCUGUCAUCGAACCCUUUGAUGCUCUGUCACCAGAAAGUGCCCUCGCACCAUCCGUCACAAGUCGCUCCGACGAUGGUAGCACUCUCUUGGCAACCGAGCCGCUCAAGGCGGAGAAGAAGCUGACGGGCGCGGACGAAUACACUGCACCUGUGAGGGCUAGUUCGCCUGCAGAAUCAUCCUGCAUCCGUAGCCAGACACCGACAUUGCCAACAAAUUCCUCACUGCUCGACUGGGAAUUCUCAAACGUUCGGCUUCUACCAAACCACACAUCAUCCUUUCUGCGCUCUGGCAGCAAAUUUGUCGGAACACAACAAUCGGACCGCCAGGUUUACAAUGUCGAUGUUGAAAUUAAGCACGUGGAUAUGGCGGAGUCAUAUCUUUGCGGUUAUCUCCGCAUACAAGGUCUCACAGAGGAUCAUCCCACUUUAACUACAUUUUUUGAAGGGGAAAUAAUUGGUACCAAACACACCUUUCAGACUCGCAAUGAGGACUGGGGCGCUUCGGAAAAGACAGACCUCCACCACUGGUCCCGUUUUCCUGCGUGGCGGCCACUAGCAAAACAGGCCAAAAAAGCAGACUUCACAUACCGUAACUUUGCCCAGCGAGAACACAUCUUCAUGCGAUGGAAGGAAUCAUUCCUCGUUCCCGACCAUCGCGUGAGAACAAUUUCAGGUGCCAGCUUCGAGGGUUUCUAUUAUAUCUGUUUUAAUCAGAUUGAAGGAACCGUGAGUGGUGUAUACUUCCAUGCAAAGAGCGAACGGUUCCAACAACUCGAACUCAAGCAUGUCGAAGAUCGUGGAUGUGCGCCAGCACUCGAAUUCCGUUGA